AUGGAUCCCACCCCGAGCGCUUCCCACCGCCGCCGCCUCUCGCUUCUCUCGCCGGCGUCCCCCGCCUCGCCUGCCGUGGUCAAGGCGCUCUUUCAGGAUGAGCUCUCGCCUGUCUCGGACCUCCGCCUCACCAUGGAGCAGCUGGGGCGCGGGCAGGGUGAUCAAGACGUGGGAACCAAAAAUGGACUGCACAGAUCAGCCUCUUCAGAGUCCACAGACUCAGGUUUGGCUUUGGAUUCUCCUGGCCCUGGGACCUCACACGACGCCAUGGAGGACACGUUUGAGAAAGCAAUCAAAUCCAGCAGGCUGAACCUUCGAAUACCUUUCAGAAGAAUCCAUUCCCUGCCACAAAGUCUGCUGGGCUCCAGCCCUGCUCUGAAGAGAAACCACUCUGACUCUCUGGACACUGAUGCUUUCCAGCCUUUGGAUCAGGAUGAAAAUAAGGAAAAUGAAUCAUUUGAGUUCAAGAAGCCAACCAAACCAGCUUCUCGUGGCUUCCGUGAUGGGAGGGGUGUUCCUGCAGCAAGGCAAAACUCAUCUCCAGCCCAGCUGCCCAUGGGGGAAACAGCCUCUGGGGAACAGAACUCCAGGGCAGCCUUCCUGCAGCAGCAUUCCCUGCCCUCCUCGGAGAGUGAGGAUGAUGAUGGCUUCAUGGAGCUGCUGGAUGACCAGGACUUGAAGAACCAUGAGGAGAUGCCCUCGGACGUGUCCAGUCUCUGGACGGCGCCGCUGGUCAUGAGGAGAGCGGACAGCCGGGCCAAGCGGUGCCGGCUGUUUGGCUCUUCAUCCAUGUCAAGCAUUGCAGGAAGAACCACCCAGAAAAGGAUGGAGAGAUCCCAGGAGGAGAAUUCUCCAGGGAAAAGCAAGAAGAGGAAAAGCCUGCCAGGAACUUCUGAGGACUCCAUGAGCCUGAAGCUGGUGAGGACCCAGCCCUCGACAGCAGAGAUUGAGAGCAUUUUGGACAGUGACCAGAGGGACCUUAUCGGGGACUUCUCCAAGAGUUAUUUAUUUGACACUGUUGAUGGGAAACAUCAAGAUUUAAAAUACAUCGACUCUGAAAUGAUUGUGUCUGUGCUGACUGGGAAGUUUGAGAGCUUCAUCAAGCAGUGUGUGAUAAUUGACUGUAGAUACCCCUAUGAGUAUGAAGGGGGGCACAUCAAGGGUGCCAUAAACCUGCACAUGGAGGAGGAGGUGCAGAAUUUCCUGCUGAAGAAGCCCAUCCAGCCGUCGGAGGACAAGCGCGUCAUCGUGGUGUUCCACUGCGAGUUCUCCUCGGAGCGGGGCCCGCGCAUGUGCCGGUUUGUGAGGGAGCAGGACAGGCUGAGCAAUGAGUACCCCAACCUGCACUACCCAGAGCUCUACGUGCUCAAGGGAGGCUACAAGGAUUUCUUCUCGAGGUGCCAGAGCUUCUGCGAGCCCCAGAGCUACCGCCCGAUGCACCACAAGGACUUCAAGGAGGACCUGAAGAGGUUCCGCACCAAGAGCCGGACCUGGGCCGGGGAGAAGAGCAAGAGGGAGAUGUACAGUCGGCUCAAGAAGCUCUGAGGGCUGCAGGGACCUGCAAGGACUGCCCAGCCUGGGGGCUGCAGUGGGACAGCCACGUGUUCCUGUGCUCCCACCCCCCUGGGCUGUCUCCUCCCUGGGAUCACCUGGACCUCGGCCCCGCGAGCCGGAUUCCGGCUGGGAGCUGCCUUGGGAUUCUUUUGGUUACGUUGCUUCAUGAAAAUGUUGUGGCUUCUUGUGUUGUGUGACACCCCCAGAUCACCCAGGGAGGGUGGGGACAGCCUCGUGGGGCUGGGCUCGGUGUCAGCACUGCCAGGGAAUUGUAGUGCCUGUUAAUUUUUUAAAUGCUUAAUUUUAUUUAAAUACAGUCAAAUGAAGCCAAUACCGCUGCGGUUGGAUCAUCUGGAUUGUACUUAAACCUUGUUUCUGCUCCAGGGCGACCUGCUGGGGGUCUGGGGGGUCGUUGUUUUUCUCAAUGCAGUUUUGGUUCUGUGUAGCAUUGUGGGAAGGAAAAUGGGAAAUAUCCCACGAUGGCUCAGGAUUCCCACCUGGGCCAGUGCUGCAGGAAGCCCUGGGAGCCCAUCUGAGGGAAACUGCUUAUUGUUCAUAAACAUCACGUUCACCUCGUUCACUCCAGGGUGUUUCAUUUCAUGGGCUGGCUGUGGUGGUUCUGGAGGAGUUGGUGUUUUGGUGGAGGGAGAGGUUUUGGGAGCUGAGGGGCUCCAGCAGUUGGGGGAUCCCAGGAUUCUCAGUUGGGGGAUCCCAGGAUUCUCAGUGGUGCCGCUGCUGCCUCUGAGCCUGUGAGUUGUUGUUCUUAUCCUGCAACGGUGCCAGAGCAGAUCCUGGCUGUGAGGGAUCCCAGAAGCUGCUCUGACUCUGACACCUCUUCCCUGGGAGUGGCUGUGGCCACCUCUCCAUCUGCCAGGAAAGGCAGGAGGUGGAAUUUAUGCGUGGGGGAAGCAGAACUUCCUCAGCUGCGUUGGACCCCUGCAGAUGAGGGAGUUCUGCAGUCCCAAACUGCUUUGCUGCUGGUUUUGGGGUCACUUCAGCCCCAGCUCCUAAAGCCAUCUUCCUCACACCAACUUCCAGGUGAAAACUGCUGCUCCUGGGAAGCUCCACGUGCCUGGGAACUUCCUGGUUCACUCUGUAUCCAUGUCAAAAAAUACUGAAAUGGGGGUGCCUUGUGUGGAAUUUUAACUUGCUUUUUUUUUUGAAACCUAUUUCUUAAAACCUGCUGUUAAUCCUUUUGCUCCCAAGAGGAUUAAACUUGGACUUCUUUCUUGUUUAAAAA